AUGGCCUCAACCUCAAGAGGUGCUGUGGAUGGGAGAGGUGCCCACUCGAAGGUAAAGUCUGCUAAGCUUCUCGAGGUUCUGAAUGCUCUAGAGGAAGAAGAGUCCAGCAUUGACAGGGAGGAGAUUUUCAUCUCACCCCCCGACAAUGCUGCAGGGGACUUCACUGAUGAAGACUCAGAUGAUGAAGAUGGCCGGUGUGGUGCUCACCUGCCAGGGAGCAUGCUUCAUGCCACUGUGGUGUCUGAAGACUCUGGUACUAGGGAAGAUAAUGACAACUUGGAGCUGCAGCCAGCAAAGAAGAGGCAGAAGACCAUGGUUGAACCUCCACGGGUUUGGACCAAACGAGAUCUCCGACCCAACUUUGGCAGUUGGACAGCAUCAGAUCCUCAUAUCGAAUACCUCAAAAGUCAGGAACUGAGUCCCGUAGGCCUCUUUGAAUUAUUUUUUGAUGAAGGAACAAUUAAUUUCAUUGUUAAUGAGACCAAUCGUUAUGCUUUGCAAAAAAACGUCAACCUGGGUCUCACAGUCCAGGAAUUGAAGUGUGUUUUGGGCAUUUUGAUUUUAAGUGGUUAUGUCUCCUAUCCAAGGAGAAGGAUGUUUUGGGAAACGUCUCCUGAUUCACAUCACCACCUUGUGGCGGAUGCAAUUAGAAGGGACAGGUUUGAACUGAUUUUUUCAUACUUGCAUUUUACAGAUAAUAAUGAACUUGAUGACAGUGAUAGAUUUGCCAAGGUCAGGCCUCUUAUUAUCCGGAUAAACUGUAAUUUUCAGAAGCACGCACCCUUGGAAGAAUUUUACAGCUUUGGUGAGUCCAUGUGUGAGUACUUUGGGCACCGAGGAUCCAAGCAGCUGCACACAGGAAAGUCUAUUGGUUACAAGAUCUGGUGUGGGACAACCAGCAGAGGCUAUUUGGUGUGGUUUGAGCCCUCGCAGGGCACAUUGUUCACCAAGCCAGAAAAGGGUUUGGAUUUAGGAGGUAGUAUGGUGAUAAAAUUUGUGGAUGCACUUCAGCAGCGAGGCUGUCUGCCAUACCACAUAUUUUUUGACAAGGUUUUUACGAGUGUCAAACUGAUGUCCAUUUUGAGGAAAAAGGGAGUAAAGGCCACAGGAACUGUUUGUGAUUAUAGGACCGAGAGAUGUCCUCUCAAAGACCCCAGAGAACUGAAAAAAAUGAAGAGGGGCUCAUUUGAUUACAAAGUUGAUGAGCGUGAGGAGAUCAUUGUGUGCCGCUGGCAUGACAGAAAAAUGGUCAAUAUUUGCUCCAAUGCAGUGGGCAUAGAACCUGUGAGGCUCAUCAGUCGUUAUUCAAGGGCUGCUAAGAUUCGGACCCAGGUCCAUCAGCCAUCACUGGUGAGGCUGUACCAGGAGAAGGUGGGGGGUGUUGGACGCAUGGACCAGAACAUCGCCAAGUAUAAGGUGAAGAUUUGGGGCAUGAAGUGGUACUCAAGCUUCAUUGGCUACGUCAUUGAUGCUGCUCUCAACAAUGCUUGGCAGCUGCACAGGAUCUGUUGUGAAGAUGCUCAGGUGGACCUCCUUGCCUUCCGGAGAUAUGUUGCCUGUGUGUAUCUGGAGAGCAAUGCAGACACAUCGUCCCAUGGAAGAUGGAGCAGGAGGCUAGAAACGGAGAGCCGCUUUGAUAUGAUUGGCCACUGGAUCAUUCACCAGGACAAGAGGACCCGCUGUGCCCUCUGCCACUCUCAGACCAACACUCAGUGUGAGAAGUGCCAGAAGGGCGUCCAUGCCAAGUGCUUUCGAGAGUACCAUAUUAAGUGA